UGACCGUCCCACCUCUGUAGCCUCGUUUUCAAACAUCUCUACACAUUCAAACGAACCACUGAAUCCUUCGAUCCAAAACAACCCCAAUCUUCGCUCUAAAUUAGGAUCCAAAAAGAAGUUCUUGGCCCCCACAAAAAAGGCAAAGUUCAAUAUGGAGGCCACACGCUCACUGACACCACAGCCAUGGCAUCCAGACUAUAACAACCGGGACAGCACAGUCAAUCCACUGGAUCUGCCCGAGGACCGGAAUCGGCACCGGGAUGACACUGAUGAUGACACUGAAUCUGAGACGGAUGAUCAUCCCAAGCGAGGCAAAAGCCCUGGCAAUAGCAAUGGUUCUAAUGAAAAGAACGGACCAGUCCUUAACAAGACUCGUAAAAACAUCUUCUCUCGCCUGCGUCGCAGUCGUACCAAGGUGACCUACAAGGUAACAGGAACAGGUCGCUAUGCUCAGUUCUCGAACGAACGUCUGUAUCUGCACUGGAUCCGAUUUGGAAUCCUGCAGGGAACCAUUGCAGUGACCUUGUUGAGUUUUGGUAAUAAUAUCGUCACUUCGAUCGGUGUGGGCGCUCUGAUCCUGGCCUUGACAACACUCAUUUACGGAACAACAUUGUAUCAUUUGAGACAUCUGUACAUGAUCACAAAGCGUAAAGAUGUGGUUUAUUAUGCAAGAACCAUUCCUACAUUGCUUUGUCUGGGUCUGAUUGCCGUAUAUCUUGCCAACUUUAUUUGUAAGUAGAAAGGGCAGUGAAUGAAGAGGGGAAAAAUCGAUCAAUCAAUCAUUGUUGGAUUACUAUAUACUGAACAUUUGUUCCUUUUCUGUUUUUUUAUUAGUGACCAUGACAAUUGGUGAGGAUGCCAGAAGCUCUCCUCCAUGGCCUGCAGACGAUAACUUUGGUCAUUAU